UGGAGUGGACUCAUGAUCAAUAAAUAGAGUUAGCUGGUGUUGCCGCCAUUCGAUCUGACGGAAGGGUCAUCUAGUCGCCAAGGAUGAUCGUAUCUCGCGGCGAGUCAGGGACGUCUCCGAGCAUGGGCGUCGAGAAAAUGUCCGAGUGUGCGAUGCUGCAUCCCCGCAUGGAUUCCAACCACACACUCGGCCUCGGAAUCGGAUCGCUCUUGCUCUGCUGUUUGCGAAACAUGCCAUGAGGUAGACCACUGGCCGACGACGGCGGGUUGCCCAUCACAGCUGCGUCCGCCAUGGCGGAUGACCGAUGACGUAGCGUCAGUUGGGCUCUCGACGCCGGUUUGAAUAUUGAGUGCCGGCGUGGUGCGGGCUCGACGAUGGGGUACUUGUGGCAUGGGGCUGCAGGCAUGUGCUGGCACACGGGAUGGUUGUGGAGGUAAUCCAUGGUGGUCGUUCGAAACGUGGACGGAACACCGAUAAACUUAGCGACGAGCCAAAACAAUUUUGUAGCGUCGCGAGUCGUGAUGGCGUUGACGUGGCGCCGCUCUUCGCCCCACUCAAAGUCCAAGAGGAAGCGGACGAGGGUGGUGAGGAACGUGUGGAACCGCUCGACGCGGGCUUGGACGACGACUGCGGACGACGCGUCCGUCCCGACGAAGAGCACCUUGAGCGUCUUUUUGGGGAAAUCGAACUCGGCGAGUCGCUGCAACCGCCCCAUGCUGCCUGCGUUCGACUCGGUGGGUUUCACCGUUGACGCACGGGCAAGGUCCUGUACGCUGCGCCACAAGAGGCGGAAUUGUGUGUACCGCCGGGGUACGACCCAGUGGCCUUUGCCGACCUCAUUCACCUGCACCAUGUACUGGACAUGCCGUUGGUGCCCUGCGUCGCCCGCGUUCGUCGCACACACCAGGACGUCAAUGUACUGGAGAAAAUGGACUCGACUCGACGCAAACGGCUCGGUUGAUCGCGCCAUCAUCGACUGACCCAUUGGGACGAG